AAAAAGAUAGGAAGAAUUGUCCUAUAAGUAAUUGAGUGUGAGAGCCAAAUGAAUUGAAAGAUUCAUGUUUGGUUUGGGAAGAGAUCAUAGACGUUUUCAAAUGAAUGGAAAGAGAAUCUACUUUCAUUAAGUGAUUUAUUAGAUAAUCGAAAACAGAGAAUCUUGAAGACUAUUCGAAAUUCAGAAGAACUGCGGGAAGGAGCUCUUGAACAGCUAGAAAAAGCCCGGGCCCGUUUAAGGAAAGUUGAAACGGAAGCAGAUCAGUUUCGAGUGAAUGGUUAUUCUGAAAUAGAACGAGAAAAAUUGAAUUUAAUUAAGUCAAUUUAUACGACUUUGGAACAAUUAGAAAAUUACAAAAAUGAAACUAUUUGUUUUGAACAACAAAGAACGAUUAAUCAAGUCCGACAACGGGUUUUCCAACAAGCCUUACAAGGAGCUCUGGGAACGCUGAAUAGUUGCUUGAACAACGAGUUACAUUUACGUACCAUCAGUGCUAAUAUUGGCAUGUUUGGGGAAAUGAAAGAUAUAAAAUAACGCAUUAGUCCUUCUUCUUUAGUAAAUUUAGAGUACAGGCAUCAUUUUUCUCUUCUAGAAUUAAAUUAAGAAAUACUCAUGGUAACCAUUCGUGCAGAUGAAAUUAGUAAAAUUAUCCGCGAACGUAUUGAACAAUAUAAUACCGAGGUAAAGAUUGUAAAUACUGGUACUGUACUUCAAGUAGGUGACGGUAUUGCUCGUAUUUAUGGUCUUGAUGAAGUAAUGGCGGGGGAGUUAGUGGAAUUUGAGGAGGGUACCAUAGGGAUUGCUUUAAAUUUGGAAUCAAAUAAUGUUGGUGUUGUAUUAAUGGGUGAUGGUUUGAUGAUACAAGAGGGAAGCUCGGUAAAAGCAACAGGAAGAAUUGCUCAGAUACCAGUAAGUGAGGCUUAUUUGGGUCGUGUUAUAAAUGCCUUGGCUAAACCAAUUGACGGUCGAGGAGAAAUUUCAUCUUCCGAAUCUCGAUUAAUCGAAUCUCCAGCUCCCGGCAUUAUUUCGAGACGUUCCGUAUAUGAGCCUCUUCAAACAGGACUUAUUGCUAUUGAUUCAAUGAUCCCUAUAGGGCGUGGUCAGCGAGAAUUAAUUAUUGGGGACAGACAAACAGGUAAGACAGCAGUAGCUACAGAUACGAUUCUCAAUCAACAAGGACAAAAUGUAAUAUGUGUUUAUGUAGCUAUUGGUCAAAAAGCAUCCUCUGUGGCUCAAGUGGUGACCACUUUACAAGAAAGGAGAGCAAUGGAAUACACUAUUAUAGUAGCUGAAACUGCGGAUUCUCCAGCUACAUUACAAUAUCUCGCUCCAUAUAAAAAGAUCGAAGCCGUGGGAUUUAUUUCACUCAGGAUUGGGUUUCUCUACCAGGUGUUCUUCCCGUUGCUUCAGGGGGUAUUCACGUUUGGCAUAUGCCUGCUCUGACCGAGAUCUUUGGAGAUGAUUCCGUACUCCAAUUCGGUGGUGGCACCUUAGGGCAUCCUUGGGGAAAUGCACCAGGUGCCGUAGCUAAUCGAGUAGCUCUCGAAGCAUGUGUACAGGCUCGGAAUGAGGGUCGU